AAAUGUUCCCUGAGAGACAAAUCGCAGGGUUUAUUUACACAUGCUUCUCGGUUUCGUCGCAUGUUAUCAACGUCAGACGCACAGUGAUCUCAUCCGGAGCCGCUCCACACGUGCAAAAAUAUAAACUCUCCGUCAUGGCGGGCUCGUUUUCCCAGGAGCUCGAGGACUUGUUAAAUCCGUUGCCUAAGUUUGCGGAUCCAGAGGACGACGCAGACGAAGCAACCAAAGCCCGUGUGGUCGAGAGGUUCAGCGAGGACGACGAGGAUGAUCUUGGGGUCGGGGUUAGUUCUCUUCGGAAACGCAACUCCUCAUUGCUGCUGGACACGGACAGAAGGUAUGCGGGGAAGCCAGUGUCCCGUAAAGAGCUGCUCAUGGAUAUUGGAGAAUCAGACAAGGAAGAGGAUGAUGAGAAGGUUGACACAGAGGAAGAUGAUGAAGAGGGUUCUAUAGAGGAAGAGGAGGAGGAUGAUGAUGAUGAUGAUGAAGAUGAGCUAGAAUACUUGAGUAGAUAUUCAAAACUAGAUGCUAAAGUGACACCACAGGCAAAUAACUCUGAGAUCACUUUUCCUGAAGAAGUGGACUUUUAUAAAAUGACGGAGGGCAUGGACGACCUGGGGAUGAGUGAAGCUGGUGAAGAUGAUGGCAGUGUUGAGGAGUCUGAAGGCAGUGAUGAGGAUGAAGGCUCUGAGGACGAUGAGAUGGAAGACGAGCAGGAAGGGGAGGCUGUCCGCACGUUUUCUAAAGACAAACUGGACGAGGAGGUAGAGAAAGGCAGGGCAGUGAAGAGUCAGCUGGCUCUCUGGGACCAGCUGCUUGAGAGCCGGAUCAAACUCCAGAAAGCCCUGGUGACUGCCAACCAGCUGCCUCAGCCACCUGCGUUCCCAGAGUUCAAGAGGAGAGGUGGGCCUGAGUACACCGGGGCUCUGAAGAACACCCACAAGGCCCUGAAGGCUCUCCAGAGGUCCCUGCUGGAGCUGCAUGACCAGCUGCUGUACCAGAGCCCAGACACACGCCCCAUCGCUGUGGGGAAGCCUCCAGCUGGGAGCGAGGAUGACGAGGAGAUAAACAGCGAUGGCGAUGAAGAGGAGCAGGAGAGGUCAUCGGCGGACGUUGGAGCGCCCAAACGGAAGCUGGACAUGGCGGAGUACCCCGAAUUCAUGGCCAAACGUUUUGCAGCUUUUGAGCCCUACCGCAACGCCACACUGCAGAAGUGGCACGACAAAACCCGCCUGACCACGGGCAAGAGCAGCAAAGGUUUCGGAGCGUUUGAAAGGAACAUUCUGACCCAGGUGGAGCAGGUGCUGAUGGACAAAGAGAGGCUGCUGCGGCGCACUCAGACCAGGCGCUCCGAGUACAGAGUCCUCGGCAAGAGAGAAUCCUCUGCCAAGGUCCUCGACAACAUCCCGGAGGAGGAAGAGGUCACCGAGCAUCAGCCGAAGUUAAACACGCACCUGAAAGACCUGGACGAGGACAUAUUCGACGACGACGACUUCUACCACCAGCUCCUGAGGGAGCUCAUCGAGCGCAAGACGAGCACCACGGAUCCCAACGACCAGGUGGCCGUGGGCAAGCAGUGGUUGGCCAUCCAGAAGCUGCGCAGCAAAAUCAAGAAGAAGGUGGACACCAAAGCUAGCAAGGGGCGCAAGGUGCGAUUCCACGUCCACAACAAGCUGGUGAACUUCAUGGCUCCUGUGGACCACAGCUCAAUGAGUGACGAGGCCCGCAGCGAACUGUACCGCGGCCUCUUCGGUCAGAACACCGCAGUCAGGGAAUGAUUCACCAGGAAGGGGAGCGAUGACCUGCAGUAACCUUUCAGACCUGGUGGACAGUUGGUAGUGUUAACUGCUCAAAGGACAAGCUAAGCUCUUUAUAGCAUUUUAAUCAUUUAGGAAGACCUCAUUGCACUCACCAAUCAGCUAGAAACCAGAAUCUGUUGAUUUUCCCUUGGUCGACUAAUAUCUGAUUAUUUUGUUGCACCUUUUGUAGUUCAUAAAAAUCAGGGAAAGUUUACGGACAUACACUCUGAUCCAUCAUCUUGAAAUUCCUUCAUUUUCUGUAAGAACAUGACUAGUUUUUUUUCCCUUUUAUAGACUACUGUCUCUAGAAAAAAUCCACACAUCGUCCUUCGAAGAUACAGGCUUAGAAUUUAUCGGUGCAUCUCUAAAAUGUUUCCUGAAACAUGGGAACUUAUGUAAUCUUUUGUUUCAUAUGAUCUACUAAAGAUGUGAUCACAGGUGAACUGUUUCAGCAUAUUCAGCUCAAACUCCACUUCCACUGUAUUGAUACAAAUAAAAAAAGCAUGGCAUAAUUUAUUUUCCAAAUUAAAACAGAAAAUCAACACACUUGAAAUGUUUAUUUUGAUUAUGGUAAAAAUAAACACUUGAGUUUAUUAAAUGAGCCGACUCUCAUGCUCGUUGUCAAUAAUAUUCUACUUUUUUGCCGUUCUGCUCUUUACCCCAGCUGAUGUUAGAUGGUUUAUUUAGUCAAGCUAUCUGCUCAGGUAGCUUCUUAAACAUGCUGCUCACAGUUUGCCAGCUAAUGCUAUAAAAUAUUUAGUUUUCUUGCUCCUUUUGAUCUAUGCUGAUGAAUAGAUACUCCCCAUAAAACUGUAAAGGGAUUUCCUCUAUUACCUGUUUAGUCUCAUUAAUUCAAACUAGACUUUCUGUUGAUUUUUCAGUUAAAUCACUGGAAAUCCAAGAAAACUGAAAUAUCAGAACUGAUGUGCGUUCUGGAUAUUUUUGGCUAGUUCUGUGAUCUCAUUCUGCAUCCUCUUUGAGUUUUUUAUGGACUUGUUCUAAAGCAUCAUGAAGUUAGUGUGAAACAUCCAUCUUGGAGAAAAUCUGCGCCUUGUGGUAAAUUCCGUAAAAGACAACAGAAGAGAUGCAGAUGUAAUUUUUAAAGGUAAUUGUACUUAAACAUGUUGUUCUGUAUAUCAUAAACAGACACAGGUGACAUGUCGCUCUGACUCAUCCACCAGAACCAGGCCUACAGUCGCAGCCCUUGGCCGUCUGUGUGCUGGUGUCUGUAAAAAUACAGAGAUCGGAAUCAGCUGAUUCUUUUUCUUAGUUGCCAAAUCAAAUUCAAUCAGCAGAGUAUUAGGGCCAGACUUACUUAUUUUUAAUAUAAUUACAAGAAUAAAGUCAUAGUGAAACUAGUCGGAAUAAAGACACAACAUUACAGGAGAAAGUUGUAAUAUUGCGAGAAAAAGCUGUUUUAUUGAGAAAAAAAACAAUCUUCAAUAGUCAUCAAGAUCCGAUGUGACCAGCUUGUCAACGCUGUCGUUUGCACAAAUGUUUCAAAGUCCUGCUACUGAUCAUGCUGAUUGAUGCUGAUGUGUUAAAAGAUUAAAUUUCCUUGUUUGAGAAAUAAACAACUGAACAUUCCUCA